GCGCCGGGCGCUGUCACGUGCCGCAGCCCCGCUCGCCGCUGCGGAGCCGGAGGAGCCGGACGGGGCCACGGAGCCGGGCCGGGGCCGGGGGGGCUGCGCCGGGGCCGGCGGCGAGCGGGAUUUUCAAAGAACACGGAAAAGCACUCAGCACAUCCCGAAUUGCACCCUGAGGUGAAUUACAGAAAGUGACUUCCAGAGCAUCUUGGCUGUAUGAACUCUUGAGCUGUCAAGGGACUGAGAGGCUUAUGAAGAGGUUCUGUCAGGCAAAACAGUGCUUAGCAAAGACACCAAGGAGGAGGGAAAAGGAAAAAGGGAGGGAGAGAGAGCUGAAACACUAACAAACCAUGAGAUCUAUCCGAUCUUUUGCUAAUGAUGACCGCCAUGUUAUGGUGAAACAUUCAACCAUUUAUCCAUCUCCAGAGGAACUUGAAGCUGUCCAGAACAUGGUAUCAACAGUAGAAUGUGCCCUUAAACAUGUCUCUGACUGGAUGGAUGAAAAGAACAAGUCUACAAAAUGUGAGGGUGAUGUGGAAGCAAAGGAGGAAGCUGCAGAAAGCAAUGCCAAGGACCAAGGUGGACGGACAUUGUGUGGUGUUAUGAGAAUUGGCUUGGUUGCGAAGGGCUUGCUGAUAAAGGAUGAUAUGGAUCUGGAGCUGGUUCUCAUGUGCAAAGAAAAACCCACAAAGACCUUGUUAUGUAUAGUUAAAGACAAUCUCCCAGCUCAAAUUCAGAAACUUACAGAAGAGAAGUAUCUCGUGGAGGAGCAUGUAAAUGAGGCAGCUAUUAUUAUUCAUAACACAAAGGAGCCCAAGCUAACUUUGAAGGUGAUACUUACAUCCCCUCUCAUUCGAGAUGAAGCAGAGAAGAAGGAAGGAGUAGAUAAUGUUGCGAUGAAAGAUCCUCCGGACUUAUUGGACAGGCAGAAAUGCCUGGAGGCCUUGGCGUCUCUGCGGCACGCCAAAUGGUUUCAGGCCAGGGCAAAUGGACUAAAAUCAUGUGUAAUUGUCCUUCGUAUUCUGCGGGAUUUGUGCAACAGAGUCCCCACAUGGGCACCACUGAAAGGAUGGCCACUCGAGCUUAUAUGUGAAAAAUCUAUAGGUACUUGUAAUAGACCUUUGGGCGCUGGGGAAGCAUUGCGACGAGUGAUGGAGUGUUUGGCAUCUGGAAUUCUGCUUCCCGGAGGCCCUGGUCUGCAUGACCCCUGUGAGCGGGAGCCAACAGAUGCUUUGUCUUAUAUGACGGUUCAGCAAAAAGAAGCCAUUACACACAGCGCUCAGCAUGCCCUCAGAUUAUCAGCCUUUGGUCAGAUCUAUAAAGUUUUGGAAAUGGAUCCCCUCCCAUCAAAUAAGUCAUUUCAGAAAUAUUCCUGGUCAGUAACUGACAAAGAAGCAUAUCCAUAUUACAAGGAAAUUUAUACCCUAGGUACAGGCUCAUCUGCUCUUAAGAGACCAUUUGAAGACAGCGUCGGGGAUGAUAAAGAUCCAAAUAAAAAGAUGAAGCGUAAUCUGAGGAAAAUACUAGAUAGUAAAGCAAUAGAUCUCAUGAAUGCUCUGAUGAGGCUGAACCAAAUCAGGCCAGGGCUUCAGUAUAAGCUGCUGUCACAGUCUGGUCCAGUCCAUGCCCCAGUCUUCACAAUGUCUGUAGAUGUUGAUGGUACGACAUAUGAAGCAUCAGGACCUUCUAAGAAAACAGCCAAGCUCCAUGUGGCAGUGAAGGUUUUGCAAGCGAUGGGGUAUCCAACUGGUUUUGAUGCAGAUGUGGAGUGUAUGAGUUCUGAUGAAAAAUCAGAUACUGAAGGUAAAAAUGAAACAAUAUCUUCAAUCUCAAGCAAUAAUACUGGAAAUUCCACAGCUGACACCUCCGCUACCCUAGAGGUAAGAACUCAGGGUCCUAUACUCACAGCAAGUGGCAAAAACCCAGUGAUGGAGCUCAAUGAAAAAAGAAGAGGUCUGAAGUAUGAGCUCAUCUCUGAGACGGGUGGAAGCCAUGACAAGCGCUUUGUGAUGGAGGUAGAAGUAGAUGGGCAGAAGUUCAGAGGUGCAGGCCCAAAUAAGAAAGUAGCAAAAGCAAGUGCUGCAUUAGCAGCACUUGAAAAACUGUUUUCUGGGCCCAAUGCAGCAAACAACAAGAAAAAGAAGAUUCUUCCUCAGACUAAAGGGGUUGUCAAUACAGCUGUUUCUGCAGCAGUCCAGGCUGUUCGAGGCAGAGGACGAGGCGCUUUAACACGAGGGGCAUUUGUUGGGGCAGCUGCUGCUACCGGAUACAUAACACCAGGCUAUGGGGCACCAUAUGGGUACAGUACAGCUGCGCCAGCUUACGCCAUAUGCACUUGUAUAAAAUAAGCAGAAAUGUAGUGACUGUAAGCUGAGAUCGUGAUAUAAAAGCAUAAAAAGCUGUAUCGAUACUGCUGUGUGUCAGGCACUGCAUUCCUUGCGUACCUCUGGAAAACAUUUGGGCAGGUACCAAAGCCACGGUCAUGGCCUGCGCUGAAGCCAUACCAUGGUUAUAGGUAUGUGGAAUAAAAAUGAGAAGUGGACUGUAUGGUAUUAUCUAACUAAUACAGAAAGAAAUUAUUUCCCUAAACUAUUAAAGCUAAACUCCAAAUGAAGAAUAAAAGACAUUACAGUUAAAAUCUGCAGAGAUCAAAUUACAUUAGGCCAAAUUAAUUCAUGAAGCAGCCAGGUUUGCUUUCCUCUAGUGGGAGGAGAGGCAGGCAAGCAGGCAGGCAGUGAUUUAACUCUGCAUGAAUAAUUUGCUUAGCUGUGGUUUUCUAAAGCUAGAAAUUAGGAUACAGCCAUCCAUAAAUAAUUCUUUUCAGUUCUGUAGUAAAUGUUUUAACAAAUAUUUUACUUGGAUUAAAAUGGGUUUGGAUUAUGACCUAUAUGGUGCACAUGGUAUGUGUAGUUUUAAAAUACUAGGGUUUUUUUUUAAUUUGCCUUUAUAUAACCUUGCAUUAUGCAAAGUUGCAUAGUACAGUACUGCACAAUUGCAGUACUUGCAGUACUUGAAGUUGCUGGAAACAACUCUUUUUUUAUAAAAAUGGUUAAAAAAAUUAAAAAAAAAUACGGAGAGAUUUGAUUAUGUUGUUAUUAGCAUUUUAGGGUCUCAAUUCAGAGAUGAAAGUAUAAAAAUACCCUGACUAAUCACAGUUUAUACUGAUGUAAAACAGGAAAACACUUGGUAUGGAAUCUGUAGUAAUGUAUCAGGCCCAAAGCUUGUUGUUUUGCAUCAAAAUAUAACAGCAAAAAUAAACUGUAUUUGAUUUCAAUACUGAAAACAUCAAAUUCAGUAAAUAACUGCAUGUGUAGGUUAUCCAUAACUCAGGAUGUGUCCGGAUAGAAUUCACAGGCUGAUAUAGAAAAAUAGCUGUUCCAUGUUGUCAGCUUUGCUACUGUUGGCAGAAACCUGAUCUUGCCAGUGGCCUAUAUGUUUGCACCUGGGGAAAUGAACUUAAGGAACUGUACCAGUGACUUGCCCAUAAAAGCACAUAACCAUUUGAUUACAUUUGCAGGUGCAAUUGAUGAGCCAUCAGAAUGUCCUUCCCAUUCGGGGGUGCAGGUUUUCAUCUGCGGUUAUCUUCAAGGUGCAAACCUGGGGCUUGGUCUGAAGCCCACUUAAAAUUCAAUUCCUUCUUUCAGCCUGUCAGGCUAAGCAGUGCUGAUAGCGGAGCAGCAGGCUGCUCUGCUUUCUUCAAAAGACAUUAUUUUAUAUGUGUCAAGGCAACGUUAAGGUGCAUCAUAAUGAACUUCUCUUGAGUAUUCCUUUCCUAGGCUUAACUGAUGUCAGUCUGACAAGCACUGUCCAGUUCAAGGACUGAUUAAUAAAAUGACUUGCUGACUCUUAUUUCAUCUGUUUCUUUGUGGCCUGUGCUUGGCAGCUUAAUCCAUUUGUAUCGGUUUCCAUCAGAAGGGCUUUGACUGUGAAUUUCCUUAUUUUUGUCAUUACCCUUUUAACUCUUUACAAUACGAAGCAUUCCACUCUUCUGCUUUUUUAAAAUUCUCACUUUGUUGUAUCUUCUCUUUUUCACUGAAAAGAUACGAAAUUUCUCUAAUACAUUUUUGUUUGUAAUGCAAGUACUUGCAUCUGAAAUCUGCUCCCUUGCCUUUGCUGCACCCCUUCUCAAUGAGAGAGACACCAUUUCCUGCCAUGCAAGAUACACCAUGUACUUAAGACUCCUAAAUCCUGGUUUUUGCAGCCACUUGGAAUCAAUGAUAAAAUGAUGCAAGAUUGCCUAGGAACUUGCUUCAUUGACAGUGGAACUUGAGCAAAACAUUCCUGUGUAUUGAAGGGUCACGGAUGUAGAGUCCUUAAGUGCCUAACAGACUGACAUUUGAGAGAGCAGUUAAAUUCUAACACCAGGUUUUAACCUAGCUGAAAUACCAGGCUAUUAUCUGAGAGUAAUUUGUGUAACAUCUGCUUGAUCAAUGUUGCAAUAAGCGCAUUGCUAAGGCAGAACUACAAACUCCUUUCUUUGGCAUAGUAUGUGCAGGUUUCCUUUUAAAAGCCUCCUCACGGGAGCGUGGUCUAAAGUGCCUUUUCUGUGAGAUUAGAGGUCUAUUUUACGGCUACUGAGCUUUGUAUUUCUGGAUAUACCCAACGGCCAAAUAUGUAAACCUCGUUCCAUAUGCUUCAUGCAGCUGCUAGUGUCGUUGCCUAUUUUGUAGUACCUUUUCAGUGAAGCAAAAAUGUUAUAGUUUGCAUUUCUGGUUCAUGGAAAAGAACUCUGAAAAUAUUCCUAUCAAUUAGUACAUAUAUAAAUAGGGUACCAGGGAAAGUCUGUGCCUGUACACUACUCACCUUAACUCUAGUUUUAGCUAACCAGGUGAUAUUUUGGGAGAUGGUGUCUGGCACUUAAAGGAUUAAAAGAAGCCAGAGCUUUACAAUAAAAAAUUGACCUGUUUAAUGUGUUAUCUGUACUGGCGGUGGAUGGCAUUACCAGUGACUUGGAAGAACAACUGCGAGCUCCAGUGGUCUGCUCAGUUAACAUGGACAGAAGCAAGGCUAUUUGCAGAGUGGGGAUAAAAUACGGACUGUUCCAAUGGUACAACAGCGUUUGAUUGCCUUUAGCCGCUCUUGCAUACAUACCCAUCAUCAGGCAGGUACUUGCUUUCCCUUUCUACCAGUUUGGGUUUCAUGGGACCACAUGAGGCAGAAAUGUAUGGAUAACCAGCCUGGUGCACUGUCUGACUGUUGUCUGAAGUGCCCAUGGAGGACAGUGGUUCUCUCUGGCCCAUCACCCCUUCAGAGAACUUAAUCCCAGUUGACUUUACACAGUUAUAGCACUGCUGUAAGCGCAGCAUUGAUACGACCUUGCUGUGAGGUCAUAUGGUCUAGAAGCACUGUUUUCCUUUGUUUUGAAAUAGGUGAAAACUAAACAGAAGUAUUUUUUAGAAAUUUGUCAGCACAUGACUUCAGGAGUCACCUGGCAUUAUCAUGUAUGUGGUACAAAUCAGCUGGUAGCUCCUCUCCAAAAGUGCAAAGCCCUGCAAGGAGUUGGCACCUCCAUGUCACCAGCUGCAAUGGUUUUAAACAGCAGUGUUUUACAGAUGGAAACCCUUCAGGACUGCAUACUGCUGACCAUACCUGCUGACCAACAUUUUUCCUUCUGUUGGGUAAGUGGCAGCUGGAAUGCUUGUCAUUUUCCCAGAUAUUCAACUGUAAAUUCUGAUGAAAUAAGGUGUUUAAUAAAGUAGGAAUUCAAUCCUACUUUGCCAGCCAUACGAGAUUUCUCCAGGUAUGUUCUAUCUAGAGAAGGUUUUAAGACAACCAGGUUGGUCUGGAGAGCUUGGCUAGCUGAAAGCAUGGUACAUGAUCCUUCCUGCUAUCGUGUCCUCUCUCUGCCAGUGCUUGCCGUCUUCCUUAAGCACACGUUCAGGAGCUGGAACAUGGUGACCUUAUUCCUGGGCAGUGUGCCACUUCGAUGGAGGGAGGCCAGCCUAAACUCAUGAAGGAAUGUAUGACACGCGGCCUCUGUUGCCCAAGCAAUUUCUGUUGGACACAGUGCACAAUCCAACCCUCACAACGGCAAUUUAGUGCCCAAGUAGGUGGUUCCUAAUCUGUAUAGUUUGCUGUCAUGUAGCCAAUGUGAGUUAAUUAGAUGAUUCAGCAAUUGUCAUGGUUCCCACUUAAUGUGCUGUAAACCCUGCUGCGGUGACUUUCACUGCAGUUAAAUACCUUUGCUUCUGUGAAUUCUGUCCUCCUUCCCUGCCUUUUCUGAUCACCUUCUAGCAUCCCAGUAAAUAGCUGAUUCUCUCAAAUUUUGGAAUUGUUACAUAGAAGUUUCUAGAUUCUUGAAAAUUUCUAGUCAGCCUAUAAGAGUUUCAGAGAAACAAGUUUUCCUACAAAUAUUUCAACUUAUUAAUGUGUCAGGGGACUACUUCUACUCAUUUACAAAGAUCUGUGAAAACUACUCUGGUAUCUCUGGAGACUAGGAUUCUUUCUUUGAGAACCCUUGCCUUCUGGUAGGAAAAAAGAUUUAAAGCGUGUCUUACUCAAUAAAAGACUACGCCCUCUAGCCACUGAAAGAACUUAAUUGUGGAAAAGUUCUUCCACAAUAAAAUCCUCUGAAAUUAUUGAGGCUUUUUGCUUUCACUGAACAAUUGAGAAAAACUUCCCUGUCCAGAAGUUCCUUAUGUUAGUAGGAAGUAAAAAAUGAAGGAAGAGUGGCGUUAAGAUUUUUCAGGUGGUCUAAGAAAAAAAUUUCCUGUUUGUUUGCUGUUCAGCUAUGGGACAUCAAUCUCUUGGCACUUCUAAAACUCCAAGAUUGCAAUAAAUGUGAGCAGCUUUAAUGUACCAUCCCUGAUCCAGUCCCAGCAAUGUCCUUGGAGAGUGAGCCUGGCGGUCCCUGUCUUUUCAGUCACUGAUCCCCUGAAAGAAACAGUGUCCCUUGCUUCAUUUGUAAUUCUCCAUCUGCACUGCUGAAAGCUGACAGAUUGUCAUAGUCUAGAGGUGGGACUCCUGAACAUCUCUCCAGAACUGUAUAAAUGAAAAGCAAGUGGACAAAAGUAUUUCAGUCUUUACCAAGGCAAAAUUGCAAGUUUCACUCUGCCUCUUUUGCUUGGUAGGCUCAGAUACGAUUAUUCAGUAUUAGAACUUCUUGCCUUUAGCUAAAUUCUCUGUAGGCAGUUGCCUGUUACUUAAUCAAGGGAAAAGUAUGUCCCAGCUUCAGAUGAAUUUCAAGUCACAGAAGCAGCUUACAAAAACGGCUGUGCUGGAUUCUUCUGGAUACAUGAUGAGACAUGUAUAUAUGAAGUUUAGAUUCUUCUUCUCAGCCAUGAAGCUGACUAAGACCUUUCCUCUCUGGCAUCAAAAGAAUGAAAAUGAGCUCUCUGCUGGACUCACUGAGGAGCUGUACAGUCUUUAAAAAAAAAGUAACUUGGCUUGAAUGUUCAGGACACAGACCCUCUCAGGCUUCCUGCUGAAUAAAUCUAUUGAAAAAUGAGAUACUUUAUUGACUUGUUUAAAGCAAAGCAAAGGGAUAUUAUAGUUUCAUCUGCUAUCUAUAGUAUAUGAGACAGCUUGUCUAACAGCUCAUUGGUUUCAUUCUUCUGCUUUAGCACAUCUAGUUUAUUGUGAAUCUGAUCCUUACUGUGGAAAUUCUGUUAUAGUCAUUUUAGAGCAAUUCAGUGGAGAAACCUGGCACUGAAAUCCUAUGCCUGUGGAUUGUCACAGCAGCUUUCACCUGUACUUUCUUUUGAACAUUAACCACUUAAGCUAGUAAUAAAGCGUUUGACAUGAACUGUCAUCACAAAGUUGUUUUAUUACUUAACCUUAGAAGUUAUGUCUCCUUAGCUUUAUCUGUGUCAUCUAAAUCCAUAGCUAUUUAUGUCUAAGUCUCCUAGUGUUCCUGAAACAUCUUCCUUUUUCCCAUUCUGCCCAUAGAAAUGGGACUGAUUCCAUUGUUUGUCUGUAACUGAUGUUUAAGACAAUACAAAAGCAUCAGUAGGACACAUAUAUAUAUAUAUAUCUGUUCCUCUAGCCUGGGGUCUUCCAGGAGAAAGGGUGCUUUUUCUGCUAGGCCUGUCUGAUACUGUAUAGGCAAUGCAAUGCCUUACUAAAGUAGCAAUGUGAGUUUUGUAAGUGAAGAGUUCAUCAUAGUAUAAGAUUUAAAUUCAGUAAAGUGGUUGGUUUUUUUCCAAUUACUGUGGUUGCAUGAACACAUUCAGACCACAUGUUGACCUUGAUGUUUAAAAGGAGCUGAAUGUCCAAAAGUGGUACGUAGAGACAUACAAUUCUGAAGCAAAUUUCUUAUUUUGGAUGUUGUUUUAUCUUGUAUUUGGUGCCUUAAGUCUGUACAAUCUAAGGUCGUGUAUACUGUACAACAGGUAGUUAAGUGUACUUUAAAAGAACCCAUGAAGCCUAGUCUACAGAAACUGUUGCAAAGACUGAAGCCUUCUCAGUGGGAGAGUUCUCUUCCACAUUUAAUUAAUAAUCCAUUGAUAAACAAGAGCUGCAAGAAUUUAAAGUGCAUAUAAAAGUUUUAACCACAGAUUGAGACUGAAUUUAUCUGAUUUACAACUCCAAAGGUUUGUGCCAAUAAGAUAAUUAAAGGUACAGUCUUUUCUAUGCUGUGUAAGUAAAAAACAUCAAAAUGUUUUCUAGCUAGCCCAAAGUGCACGUUUGUGAAAAACUCUGGACUGUUAUCUCUACUAGAACAAGCUACACUAAUUCUAAAAGCUAUUAAUUUAAUGUAAUUGGCUAUCCUUCAUUCAUUGGUACAGGGGAGUUGGAAUGAAUAAAAGUUGCAAUUAAUUUUUAAUUCCAAAAUAGCACGUAGACUUAAUCCUCAUUCCUGCCUCUUACCUGGGUCUAGAAGUGCCAGGUGCCUUACGCUGCUUUGCAGUUGCCGAGGUGUAGUGCAGCUUCUACUUGAACACGGGCUUGCUGAAUGCAUCUGGUCCUGGGAGAAUGGGCUGAGGCAAGAGAGAGAAAGAAAAGACAAAAAUGAAGCUAGAAUGCUCUUCUCCUGUCUUAAAAGGUUAAGCACCAUAGAUAGCAAGUUGGGGGAAAAGUUGCACUGCUUUUUCGAAGUCCAUGAAUAGAGUCUGUGGUAAAACCAGGAGCCUUAGUAUACCAAGAGCAGGGGGAGAUGGUAUUGUUUUUUUACAUAGUUUGUAAGAAAUCAGAUAAGAGGUUUAAGCUACCCUUAUAGCAGUCUAAAAGCUUCUAGUGAUGUUGCCACAGGCAAUUAAUUUUUUUUUCUUCUAUUCAGUAAACAAAUCCAGGGUGUAAGGUUUUCUAGAGGAGAAAGAGGAAUGGGAGAAAUCCAGUGAACAAAUCAUAUUUCCUGAUGCAGCCCUGUCCAAAACAGGGAGACUACUCCAGGCGGUGUACAUUGCAUGCAACUGAAUUUUGGGAGCAAAAGGAAUAAUAGUGAUUUUGCCUAAAGGAAUACUAGUAACUUAUUUCUACAAUGCCCACAGUCUUCUAGACAACUGGAUUUUACACAGAACAGCAUGGCACCAAGGGAAAGCAGAUACUGCUUCCACAACUACAUGUUGUAAUGUACAUAUUUCAGGUCAUCAAUAUUGGUGUAACUAGUUAUGAAAAAGUAAGUUAAUCUUGCCAGAAAAGCACUUUUUGACAUUCUAUCCAAUUCUAUUUUUUUAAGCUAGAGGAGAGUUAAUUAUAGCAAUCAUCUGUUUCGAAGGGAGUAGAGCAGAAGGUAAGUUUUAACUUCAUACUUCGAAGCUGCUAUGAGUAAGUUGAUUAACAGUGUUCCAUGGAAACAACUUGAUGUACUUACUUAUUUUCUUUGUGCUCAUUUCUAUGUUCUUAGAAAAGCACAAGCUUGUGUAAGCGUAAUCAAUACAAAGUUACUCAGGGUACUGUGUCAUCUCAGCAGUGGACACUAACUGCAUCUUAAGUCAACAGGCACAUAUAAAUCAAGCUUAAUUAAGAGGAACAGAACAUCUUGGCAGGUUUUGCUUUGCUACUGGCACUGUUACAAUUUAAUGAUCUAUGCAUAGGGAAAUGUGUGUAUUGCUGCACUCCCAAAAGAACCCGUAGUUCUGUAAGGGCAUCCUGUAAACUAACAAAGUAAAAUGCAGUCAGUGUAGGAGAGAGUAUUCUUCUUUAUUUGCACAAAUAACUGUUUAGAAGCAGACGUAAAGUGAUACUGCUCCAAGCAGAAUAAUGGUGGGUUGAAGAACAGCAUUCAGAGCAUUCAAAAGUACAGCUUUUGAAAAGUUAGUGAUUGUAUGCAUUUAAUUAUCAAAAGUCUGAUUUGCUAUAUAGAUUAUGUCCUGCAUUUUCAAACUAGUAUCACUGCUUCCCUGCUCAAAAUAACAGGAUAAAGACAAGUGUAGUUUUCUAACAACAUCUAUUGCAUGGAAAUAUACAUAUACUGGAAGAAAAUGGAGGGUGUAAUGCAGAGGGCAUAUUCAACUACAGAGCCAUUCUCUGGGCAAUGCUGCAAAAUUUAAGAGUGGGUAAAUAUGCCUUCAAGGACAACAUGACACAGAACAGAUAUUUAAAAAAAGAAGAAACCACAGAAAAAAGCCUCGAAGCUUUGUCCAGUCAUACAUUUAUUCUUCCCUUAAAAAGGGACAGGUACAUUCAUAUAUGCUUAGUGAGUUACACAUCAGACAUCACAAAGGUCCUUAAGGACAAGUGUUGUAAAGCUAGUCUCCUUUUAGACAGGAAAAGGGAGAAAGUUGACUCUGUCUUCCAGUUCCAAAGUGCAGUGUCUUAUUUCUGAUCCUAACCCUAAGUCAAUAUUUAUUGAUCAAACUGACUAAGCUUUUUAGGUCGACAAACUCUCUACGAAGCAAUUCUGUUCUCUCAAGCCUCUGCAGGGGCCAGCAACUGGUGCUUAACUACUACUUCCACUCCAGAAUGUCACCCAUCCUCCAGCUGUCCCAGAGCCAUUCUGGGACACUUGCACUUCUAUGAGAGCAACACUGCUGUGGGGGGACUGUCAAAAGCACUGAAAUACUACAGCAGAGCACGUCCCUGUGGGCUAUAUGCUUUUUGAAGUCCUGUCCAGUUCUUAGUGACAAAGUUGAGCAUGAAACCUGUACUGCCAAAUGUACCAGCCCCUUAAUGAGAAGGACAUCAAUGAGAAGCAGUCUUGGAAGUGGAGAUUUUGAGGAAAGGCUGGUGUUUUCCAAGUCCAACUCAUAAGCUUUUUUUUUUCCUAAUGGUUGAGUUUCCACCCACCAAAAAUCAUCAUCUGUCAACUCAAUUAAAACAAUUGCUGCUAAUUUGGGCUAAAACAUCCCCCUUGUAUAACUACCAC